UAUAUAUAUAUAGAUAUAUAUAUUUGGGUGCUAUUGCCAUCAAUCAACCAUAUAUAAAAUUUAACAGAUCCUUCUUUCUCACCUAAGAAUUUUAACCCAUCUCCCUUCAAACUCCUCCCCCUUGUUUCAUCAGCCCUGCCCAUUCCUCCUCACCUACACUUUGUCCAUUCAAUAUUACCUCGAAAUUUUGUUUGUUUAUAUAUAUUUUUUGACCAGAUAACUAAAAACAAGACAUGUUUGAAUUUGGGGAUGAGCUAACAAUCGAAAGCUACAGAAUCCCAUGGCUUAUAUGGAUCCAAAUACUUGUCAUGCUUCUUCUCAUGAUUCUUCUCUAUUGCUUCGGCCUCUUCGCUUUGGAUGUCCCUGAUUGCUCUUCUUCAGGUUCGGCUUCCCUUUGUCCCGAUUCUCAGUUGGAUACAAAACCUGUUUCCAAGCAAAACACAAGACUUGACUCCACUUGCUUCCAGGCUUCCCAGGUUGGAGAAAACCGGAGCAUAAAAGGUGAGAUAGCCACAGGAACAACUAGGAGGAUAGUAAGAGGAGAAGAUGACGGUGCAGAAAAGGAGGGAUGUUCAUCAAAGGAAGUAAAUCAAAAUUGUUAUCAUCCUUGCCACUAUCUUAGGCUUGCUAAGCUAGCAUUUCUCAAGUGUUUGGGCCUGGAUUCUUUGUCUGAGAAUAGUUCAACCAGUGAACAAAGAAACCAAAGAUAGUAUUCAUAUUAACGUGUCUAUUUUUCAUUCAUUCAGCUUUAGUUUGAAGUUGGUAUACCGGGAAUUUUCCAACCGCUGAGAUUGGGUUGGAAAAAGAUUACUUUUCCAAUUCCCAGAAUUACAAUUCUUUCUUGGGCCAACUGGUGGCCAUUGCUGAUCAAGAGAGAAAGAAUUCGACAGGGCCCAACAGAAAGAUUUAGCCUGUACGAUAAUAUGAUUAUAAUUUUCUUUUAUUUCAUGUAAAUAUCAAAUGUUCAUUUGAAAA